AAGCCCACUCUGGUCACUCUUAUUUGUGAUGAGGGAAGCAAAACAUUAUUAUUUUUGUCGUUUUUGUUUUUUAAUUAUAUAGACAGCACCGAUCAGUGUCUAAAAUAAUAUGUGAAUGAGGAAAAGUGGCACGCUCUCCAAGCAGACUAUGUUGAACGCGCUGCUUCCGCCAGCAAACUGAAAUUUGAAACGCAUUGGAAAUCCUCACAACGCGCAAACCAAAAGCAAUAAAAAGCCAAUUGAAGCAUUUAUAUUAGAUUGUUAAAGCCAACCAGAGUAACAUUUACUCUCCUCCCCCGCAACCCAAAACGAAAACGAAAUCGAAACCAAAAACCCUUCCAGCAUCCCAUUAAGCAAAACUAACCAAGAAACGCAUUGAAACGCAUUCCAAUUAGUAGCUGCUGGCAGCACUUUGCCUGCGUAGUCGAUAAGUGUUCUACGUCCACCAGCGGAGAAAAUGGCGCCGACAACGACGAUUGAGACCAUCACAAUUACGCGGCCACUGAAGGUGAUUGCAUUUAUCUGCGGCGUCAUCGUGGUGGUGCUCAUGAUCAUGGCCUUGGCAUCCACAGAUUGGCUAAUGGCCUCCGACUGGCGGCAAGGCCUCUUUGUGCACUGCAUCGAGGAUGAUUCGGUGACGCCGCUGCCGUUCAACAUACAGGAUCCGCCAGGAUGCUACUGGACCCGCGAUAUAGGAUACAUCAAGGCCACGGCAGCACUCUGCAUUAUCACCCUGAUAACGGACGUCAUAGCCACUGUACUGACCGGUCUUGGGCUUAGGACGCAGAACCACAAUCUAAAAUAUAAGUUUUAUCGCAUAGCGGUAUUGGUGAUGCUCGUAUCCUUGCUAGCCGUGCUGUCCGCUCUGAUCGUGUAUCCCGUAUGCUUUGCCGGCGAGUUAACUAUGGCCAAUCGGCGAGUCUGGGAGUUCGGAUGGGCGUACGGCGUCGGCUGGGGAGCGGCCAUCUUUCUGUUCGGAGCCGUGGUCCUGCUGCUCUGCGACAAGGAGUCGGAGGAGAUCUACUAUAAGGAGAGGAAAAUCGUACAUGAAAACCAAAUGCGCGCCUAGGCAAGGCCGCACGACCUGCCUGACGUCGUUCUGUAGACAUAAGUAUAUAGCAGCCAACCAACACACACAGACAGACACAUAGAUUUCGAUUUAAAUCAGAACUCUGGAACAGAAUUUGCAAUUUGCAAUUUGCAGCUGAAAAAUGAGAUUAUGUUAUAAUUAUGAUUGUGUAUAUCAUGAGCAUUUCAGACCAAAAAAAUCCUUCCCCAUCAGCCAGCCCAACUCCGCCCACUAACUCGUAGCACUCGGCAUUUGUUUAGAUGAGGUUUCCCCCCAAAUGAGUUUAUUAUGUAUCGUUUCGAAAGGUAAUCGUAGACAACCCACAAAACCGACCCACAUCUAUCAUGUAAGCAGGCAGCACACUUAUGAACGUCUGGAAAUUGGAAAUUGUGAAAGCUAAUCGCAUUAACCACGCCCAUGAGUUCCAUUGUAGCCAACUGUAGGGGCUUUCACUUUGGGCGAAUUUGAAAAUAUAUCGUACAGUAAUGUAAUGGGCUCUCACUCUGAGCUGUAUAUUCAUAGACAUUGUACUCAUCAUGUAAUAUCCAACAUAACGAAGAAUCCCACUAGGCCGGAUCCAAAUUAGAAGAUCCUUAUCUAUGGUUAGUUAAGCCAUGGAGUCAUCAUUAUCAUCGUUUCAUGCCGAUUACGCUUUCCAACUAUUUAGUUUGUGCUCUGUGUUUCAAAUAUUGUACAUUUAAUAUGUGUUUGUCCCAGUGUAUAUGCGACAUGAUUCGAAUAUGUGCUGCUUUUUAACCCCUCUAACUUUUGUAAAAUAGUUUAAUUUACUAGUACUCGAAUGAUCACUUAUUUUUUAAGUCAAUUAGUAGGUGUAUGCAUUCGCAUUCGUUUUUUAUGCUACCCUUAUAUUUUGUGAACACUUAUGAUCUAAUAAUUUAUUGAUAUUUGGUUUCUUACCACACUCGAAAACAUAUCACAUGCAAAAAUGACAACAAUAAAUCGUUUUUUUGACACCUUUUGUUAACACUAAA